AUCAUCAAUUACACAAUGCACAGAACCUACUCCUUAAGAUCGGCGAGAGCCCCUACCGCUGCCCAGUUGCAGUCUCCGCCACCACCAACCUCCUCCACCAGGUCAGGUGCCAACAAGUUCUUCGGUAAGGGCUCCAUCACCGGGUCCAUCCGCAGAAACGUCGCUGCCAACUCGGGCCCAGAGUUGUCCCGUAAGUUGGCCGCAUUGAUCAAGCUUGAGAAGAACGUCAUGAGAGCCAUUGAAAUUGGCUACUCCGAGCGUCGUGAGGUUGCCAAGCAGUUGUCCCUCUGGGGUGAAGACAACGAUGACGAUGUGUCCGACAUCACUGACAAGUUGGGGGUUUUGAUCUACGAGAUCUCCGAGUUGGAAUCCCAGUUCAUUGACCGCUACGACCAGUACCGUAUCACCAUCAAGUCCAUCAGAGACAUUGAGGCCUCUGUCCAGCCUUCCCGUGACAGAAAGUACAAGAUUACCGACAAGAUUGCCUAUUUGAAGUACAAGGACCCUCAGUCCCCAAAGAUCUCUGUCUUGGAACAGGAGUUAGUUAGAGCCGAGGCCGAGUCCCUUGUGGCCGAGGCCCAGUUGUCCAACAUCACCAGGGAGAAGUUGAAGAUUGCCUUCAACUACCAGUUUGACUCCAUGAGAGAACACUCUGAAAAGAUUGCCUUGAUCGCCGGGUACGGUAAGGCGUUGUUGGAAUUGUUGUCCACCGACCCAAUCACCCCAGGUGAGACCAGACCAGCCUAUGAUGGUUACGAGGCCUCCAAGCAGAUUAUCAUUGACGCCGAAAACGCCUUGGCCUCCUGGACCUUUGACUCUGCGCAGGUUAAGCCAUCUUUGAGCUUAGUGGCCAACGACAAGUACGAUGAGGACGACUUGGUGCACGAAACCGAGCAGUUGGGUGUCACCGAGCAGGAGUGGGCCGAGGAAGAGCACUACGAAGACGAGUCCAAGCAGCAGGUUUCUGCCUAAAUGGUUUCUUUCUGUGGCCUGAUACUGUGUGUUGGCUGAAGAAAAGUUCUGUUUCUGUUUUGUCGCGU